AUGAUGUCGUUACUCUCCUUUUGGCUGAAGGCGCUAACCAACGCUCCCGGGUCGCUGCCAAAAAACUCCUCGGACGGCGCGAACUUGCUCUUUUAUGAGCAUCUCCGAGGCGUGGCUAAAUUCAAACGAUUUAAUUUGCAUACGCACGAGAAAAUCCUAUUAAGCAAAAUCGAUAGUGAUGAACUGUUCUUUUUACAAGUCUUUCCGCCAUUUUCUUCCUUCAUCGCUAAUUGUUUCCCGAUUAAUACGGUCCACUUGGAUUAUAUACCAACGGAUUUAUUAUCUGUACUAUCUAUCUAUCUAUCUAUCUAUCUAUCUAUCUAUCUAUCUAUAAAUGACUUUUCUUGUUAUUUUUCUUUUUCUUUUUUUUUCAUUUUUUUGUUUUUUCUUUUUGUUUUUUGUUUUUCUUUUCCUUUUUUCGUUUUUCUUUUCUUUUUUCUUUUUCUUUUCUUUUUUCUUUUUCUUUUCUUUUUCUUUAUUUGUUUUUCUUUUCUUUUUCUUUUUUGUUACUUUUCUUUUUCUUUUUUCGUUUUUCUUUUCUUUUUCUUUUUUUCGUUUCUUUUCUUUUUCUUUUUUCGUUUCUUUUCUUUUUCUUUUUUUCGUUUUUCUUUUCUUUUUCUUUUUUCGUUUUUCUUUUUUUCCUUUUUCUUUUCUUUUUCUUUUUUCGUUUUUCUUUUCGUUUUUCUUUUUUUCCUUUUUCUUUUUUUUUUUUUUUUUUGUCUGUCUUCUGUCUAUUUAUCUAUCUAUCUAUUUUAUUCUGUUCUACAUAUCUAUCUAUCUAUCUAUCUAUCUAUCUAUCUAUCUAUCUCUGUUAAACAUAUCUAUCUGUUUAACUUUGUUCUAUCUAUCUAUCUAUCUAUCUAUCUAUCUAUCUAUCUAUCUCCCUUUUAUCUAUCUAUCUAUCUAUCUAUCUAUCUAUCUAUCUAUCUCCCUCUUCUCUCUCUCUCACUCUCUCGCUCUCUCUCUCUCUCUCUAAAUAUAUAUAUAUCACUCUGUUCUACAUAUCUGUCAAUCUGUUUCACGCUGUUCUACAUAUCUAUCUAUCUAUCUAUCUCUGUUCUACAUAUAUAUUUCCCUCUGUCCUCUGUCCUCUGUCUAUCUAUCUAUCUAUCUAUCUAUUUUAUUCAGUUCUGCAUAUCUAUCUAUCUAUCUAUCUAUCUAUCUAUCUAUCUAUCUAUCGCACUCUGUUAA